UUAUUUUCUCGCUAUUACAUGUCAAAACCAUUCAAUUCAACAAAAAGUUAACUUUUUAUCAAAAAGAUAAUUACAAGUUAACAGAUGAGUUUAUUUUAAUUCGUUACUGUUUGUAUUUAAUACUUAACUAACUGAAAUUUUAACUAUUUCAAAUAAUUUGCAGUUAAUUUUUAAAUAAUCCAAAAAUUGACAAUGAACCAAUCACGAAUAAAAAAGAAAAAGAUAAGAUCGGAAAAUUGGUGCCAAUCAGACAAAAACUUAUUGCGGGGUCUUAUUAUGAAAAACCUUCCAAUAAUUGAAAACAAAAGUUGCGACACCAAUACGAAUAAUUUAAAAAAGAAAUGCUGGGAUCACAUUUUAACUUUAUUCAAUGCAAAAAGCGAGACAAAACGAAGAGCUGUCCAACUUCAGUUUCAAUGGAGAGGCAUGAAACUGAAAGCCAAAAAAGACAAAUCCAUUUUGAAAAAAGAACUUCCAGAUAGCGAUGAUAUGGAUGUCACUUUUGUACCACCGCCAGAGGACAUUCCAGAGGAUGACAAUGAACUCGCUGAGUUGAUUGACACAAAACCUUAUGAAUUUAUAAGUGAUUCAACUAAAUUCGAAAUCAGUGAACCUGAAGCUCAGUUUUUAGAUAGUUUUGAACCAAAACAAGAAGAAAGUGAAGAGAAUUCUGAACCUGGUUAGAAGAAGUAAACCAUAAACUUUCUUUUGCUUACAAUUUCUUUUUCCAUUUUCAGAUGUAAAUGAUGUCAGUGAGCGUAAUGGUAUUGUUACACCAUCACUUUCUGAUGGUCUCCCAAAAGUCAACACUUCCCGACCUAGACCUGUUAGAAAAUAUUUGAAAAAGUUAAAAAAGAAAAAUAAUGAAGAAAAUAAUUUUAAAUUUGAAAUAUUUGAACUAACAAAAUUGCACAUGACAAAGGAGCACGAGCAACGGAUGGAGGUUCUUCGAUUAGAACAAGAAUGUCGUAUGAAAGAGCUUAGGAAGUAUGAUUUAGAAAUAGAAAUGCUAGAGAGAGAAACGCUAGAUCGAAAAAAUUUAUAAGCUAAACUACAUACUUUAAAUAACAAACUUUUGUAUUUUAUUUA